UUGGAAGUAAAUAAAGUCUGUAACUUCACCAAAGCGCUCACUGUGACGUCACGGUGCGUGGCGGCACGCACGUAAAAACGUGAGGUAAAUAAGUAGUGACGUCACCCACGCGGAUGCCGGAACAGCGGUGGUGUUUCCGGGUGCCGAUGACAACACUUGACACGACGGAAACAUGGGGAUUUAUUUCCCCGGUUGCCUGCUUUUCUUCGCCCUUUCAACGUCGGCGUUUGAAGACAGUGGAGAGGUGACGUUCGUAUCCGAGUUCUCAUCCAAGCCUAAUCAGAAGUUGUCCAAGUACGGCUGGUAUGGUAAUGUCAGGUUGCAGAGCUUCCACAUACCUGAGGAGACUGCUAUAGCCCGCUGGCUCUUCACCGUAACCAAGGACCAAAGAUUUUACUGCCGACCGAGUAACGUCUCCAUCUAUAUUAGGCAUGGCGCCCCUCCCGUAAUAAACCCCAUUGGCACUGCGUUUCCCAACGCCACACUGUGGAGUCGUCUUCUCGUCGUGAACCUCUCAGUGACCGCCGCGCAGAACUCCGCAACAUUCAACUUGUCCAACCCUGCGCCCGGGGACUGGUUUGUUGCCGCCCACCUGCCGGAAGAUGACGGCCGCAUUGAGCAGAAGGGCUUUCCAUCUUGCACCUAUAUGUUCCAACCUCAGCUGUCAAUCAGAAGGGCAGUUGACACACCCAUACUACAACAGGGACAGUCGCUUCGACAGACUGCUACCCCUGACAACCCUGCACGCCUCAAGUUGUAUGUACCACAGUUUGCCUCCUCGGUCUCUGUGUCUUUGGAUGAGUGUGCGUCAAAAGAGGGUACGGGAAGUGCAAACUGUUCACUGGUCCUCAGUCUGGGCUCAAAUUCUCUGCUGGAGGUCCCAGUUAGAGUGAACUGUUCGGGGAGGAGCUGCUCCGCUUCUCUCACCAACCCACCCUGGGACACCUGGUUACGAGUUGUGGUGGAGAGUGUUCAGGACAACCAGACUGCGAUCUUUAACGUGUCGUCGGACUACACUGUGGGGUGUAAGCCAGAAAGUGUGGGUCUUGCAGCCGAUGAUGACUUCAUCAAUGUUGGCGGUAACAUCAACUCCUCAGUAGCAGCCAAUAGCUCUGCGGGGACGGAGUCCAUCAGGGAAUCUCCGCUUUCGCUGCGGUCCGCCUGCGUAAGGCGCAUCCCAGUGCGCCAGGAGGAAACCGACAUUCUGUCUCUCAGAUUCACCCCAGCUCACAAUGGACCCAAUGUCAGCGUCACGACCACGCAGCCUACACUCCUUAUGUACCCGCUGCCCGAAACAGCCACAGGCGGCACACUCAACUUGCAGCUCACACUGAACACCACGAACACAACAUUGGGGAACGGCAGUAAUGUUGUGGCCUGCCUCUCACUCCACACGCCGGUUCUGAAGCUCAACAACUCUCAACCAUGCCGCACAGUUUCUGCAGCACUGUUUGGAGGAUACGGCCUUAUUGUGAACGUGAGCUCUCCCAAAGCCAUGGUCCGUCUGUCUUUCCCCAAGGCAACAACAUGGUACCUCACUCUGCAGCUCACAUGCAACAGCACUGACUGUGAGAAUGUGUCCGUGGCGUCCGUGGUCCCGGAGGUUUUUAUCAGCGCCUGCGUGGAUGACUGCGGCACAUUUGGUGAAUGUAGACUACUGAGGUCCUACACCUACCUGUACGCCUCCUGUUCGUGCACGGCCGGUUGGAAGGGUUGGGGCUGCACCGACAGCUCCACAGCUCUGUCAUUCAGCUUCCAGCUCUUGGCCACCCUGCUGCUCACGCUCAGUAACUUCUUCUUCGUACCGGCAAUCGUGGUGGCCAUCAAACGAUUGUACAUCACAGAGGCGGCCGUCUACCUCUUCACGGCGUUCUUCUCUACGUUCUACCAUGCCUGUGACCAGCCAGGUGAAGCCGAGUGGUGCAUAAUGCGCUACGACACCCUCCAAUACUGUGACUUCCUGGGGUCCAUCUGUUCCAUCUGGGUCACCAUCCUGUGCAUGGCUCGUGUCAGGAACACCAUGAAAUGUACCCUGUUCAUGCUCGGGGCUUUGCUGAUUGCCAUGUCACUGCAGCUUGACCGUAGGGGCUUGUGGAACCUGGUUGCCCCCAUCCUCUGUGCCUUACUCUUCAUGGUGGCUGUUUGGACGUACCAAGGGGUGCAGCGCCGCCAUUGCUACCCCCCCUCCUGGCAGAGAUGGGUCUUCUACAUCAUCCCGGGCCUGCUCUGCGCCGUCGUCGGCGUGUGCCUGUACAUUUUCGCCGAGACGGAGGAGAACUACUACUACACCCACUCGCUGUGGCACAUCCUGGUGGCCACCUGCGUGGUCUUCCUGCUGCCCCCCGCCGACAAGAACCUGGAGGCCGGCGGCUGGUCCAAAGGCUGGAGGCCCCAUUGGAAUUGGGACUGGAGUUGGGUUCGGACGACCCAGGUCUGCGGACACACGCUGUGGCCGAGCAGCAAAGCUGAGUUCUACACUGUCUCGUAAACACUUUCACACUCUCACAUCAACAACGCCUGCUGCCUUUUUUAAUAAGCUCACGCUGGAGUUUAAAUACGCAACUUUGUAAACCUUACUUACCUCCGACAACCAUAGAUUCAGGUAGCCUGACCUUGGACCUCGCGGCCAGAAAUGUGUACUGUACAUGGUUUAUGAAGCUCUUUUAUGCACAUUUAGUAGUAGGUGAAUGCUCUAAAUCAGGGGUGUCAAACGUGCAGGUUUUAUCCGGCCCGCGGGAUGAGUUUGCUAAGUAUAAAAAACUGCUGUUCUAAAUGUGUCCACUAGAUGUCGGAAUAGCAAUUCUUUGUAGAUUAUGCUAUACCAGGCCUGGGCAAUUAUUUUGACUCGGGGGCCACAUUUAGAGGAAAAAAUGUGUCUGAGGGCCGGUAUAUCUAUUUUUAGGGACACCAAUACAAAACUUCACAAUAAUGUCUGAUGGAAUGCUAAAAACGUUAUGACAGACCGCCUUAAAAAACAUAAUGGAAUUUUAAAUUUUUCUAUGAACGAUAAAACAUUGAAUAUUGACACAAAAUGAAUGUCACACCCCCUUUCGAUCGAAAUAUUUUACAAUCAAGUGAAACGCAACAAAAAUGCAACAAACAGUGAAAUAUGAAAGCGAAGGGUACAAAAUAAACCCACUUACAGUCUGAUAUAUCACUAAGCUUUAGAACUUUGUUGUGAAAAUCUCCUUCCGCGUCUGUGGAAACGCUUCCUGCCCACACUGCUUGGUGCCUCGUCUGAGUUGCUGUGACGUACAUUACCAUAGUAACUAAUUAGAGGACCGUAGUAGCUAAUUAGAUUACCAUAGUAACUGGUAUAUCACCCAUAAGCACAGAUUCCAACCAUUGAAAUACUUUGUAUUGUUCAAGACUUAUGGUCAUUAGAAAACAUGACUGCACAUCAUAAUGGCAGUUACAGUUUCCAUCUUAAAGAUCUAAAAAAAUUAUUUGGGAAUGUCCGGCGGGCCAGACUGAAAAGCUUAACAGGCCGCAUGUGGCCCCCGGGCCUUAAUUUGCCCAGGUCUGUGCUCUACGGUCUCACAGCUCAAUUUUUGUUUCAUCUGACCGAAGAACUUUCCUCCAGAAGGUCUUAUCUUUGUCCAUGUGAUGUCAGAUGAAACUAAAAUUGAGCUGUUUGGCCACAAUACCCAGCAAUAUGUUUGGUGGAGAAAAAGUGAGGCCUUUAAUCCCAGGAACACCAUGCCUACCGUCAAGCAUGGUGGUGGUAGUAGUAUGCUCCGGGCUUGUUUUGCUACCAAUGGAACUGGUGCUUUACAGAGAGUAAAUGGGACAAUGAAAAAGGAGGAUUACCUCCAAGUUCUUCAGGACAACCUAAAUUCAUCAGCCCGGAGGUUGGGUCUUGGGCGCAGUUGGGUGUUCCAAGAGGACAAUGACCCUAAACCAGUGGUUCUUAACCUUGUUGGAGGUACCGAACCCCACCAGUUUCAUAUGCGCAUUCACCGAACCCUCCUUUUUUUUCAAAUUCAAGACAAAGUUAUUAUAUGUUUUUGGUAACACUUUAGUAUGGGGAACAUAUUAUAUUCUAAGUAACUAAAGACUUAAUUUAGAGGUUUUUUUGGACACGAGGGGAACAUAUUCUAAGUAACAAAGACUUAAUUUAGAGUUAUUUGGUUAGGGUUAGGGUUACAAUAAGGUCAUGCCGAAUAAGGCAUUAAUAAGUACUUAAUAAUGACUAGUUAAAAGCCAAUAUGUUACUAAUUUGCAUGUUGAUAAGCAACUAAUUAAUGGUGAAUAUGUUCCCCAUACUAAAGUGUCACCAUGUUUUUUUUUUUACUGGUGCACAAAAUGAACCGUGCAUGAACAUCACCUUGUUCAAACAACAAAACCAACACAGUGCAUAAACUCACAACAAAUUACACACCUGCAAAUCAGUCUGACUUCUGCUGUUGCCGUAUCCGUAAUACGUCGAUAGGGAGAAGUUUUUAUUUACACGAUGAGUCGGGUGUGUUUUGACCUCCGCCGAACCCCUGAGCCCGACUCACCGAACCCCUAAGGUUCGAUCCAACCCAGGUUAAGAACCACUGCCCUAAACACACGUCAAAAGUGGUAAAAGAAAGGCUAAAUCAGGCUAGAAUUAAGGUUUUAGAAUGGCCUUCCCAAAGUCCUGACUUGUGGACAAUGCUGAAGAAACAAGUCCAUGUCAGAAAAACCAACAAAUUUAGCUGAUCUGCACCAAUUUUGUCAAGAGGAGUGGUCAAAAAUUCAACCAGAAGCUUGUGGAUGGCUACCAAAAGCGCCUUAUUGCAGUGAAACUUGCCAAGGGACAUGUAAACAAAUAUUAACAUUGCUGUAUGUAUACUUUUGACCCAGCACAUUUGCUCACAUUUUCAGUAGACCCAUAAUAAAUUCAUAAAACAACCAAACUUGUCCAAAUUUAGGGAUGGCUAUGCAAAACGAAGCUAAAACUGAACUGGCUGCAAAGUAAACAAAAACAGAAUGCUGGACGACAGCCAAGACUUAAAGCGUGUGGAGCGGCAGACGGCGUCCACAAAGUACAUCCGAACAUGACAUGGCAAAUCAACAACAAAAUAGCAGCGCAAGACAAGAAGUAAAACACUACACAAAGGAAAACACCAAAAAAACUAAAAUAUUAACAAAUAUUAACAUUGCUGUAUGUGUACUUUUGACCCAUCAGAUUUUCUCACAUUUUCAGUAGACCCAUAAAAAUUCAUAAAAGAACCAAACUUCAUGAAUGUUUUUUAGUGACCAACAAGUAUGCGCUCCAAUCACUCUAUCACAAUAAAAUAAGAGUUGUAGAAAUUAUUGGAAACUCAAGACAUUAUGUUCUUUACAAGUGUAUUUAAACUUUUGACCACGACUGUAUAUGUAAAAAAUAAAUAAACCACAUUAUGUUAGUGCACCAGUCAAUGGAAAUGAGCAAACUACAUAAAUAACAUCCUCUAAUUUGAUUUUGGUAUUAUUUUUUUAUCUUGAUAGAUUGACUGAUGAACAUUAUUACAUAGUUUAUUCAGAAAGUAUAAAUAAUAACGACUAUUAACCGCAACAUGUAAGUGUAAAAAAAAAACCAACAACAUUAUGAUUUGUACAUUUCCAGAGUGUCCUUGUUCUAUUUUUAAACAAAGAAAACAAUCUGAAAUUGUCUUUAUUUUUAAGUUAUCGUGCCGUGAUUUUACCAGUCGGGAGUAGAUUUUUCUCCAUGUGGCCCCUGGUCUAAAAUGAGUUUGACACCCCUGCUCUAAAUAUUUAAAAAGCAUGCUUGUUAGGCAUACGUGAGGUCUACCAGCUUGUUGAUAAUGAUCGCUGUAUCCAAUUCCUAAUAAUUCAUUUUAGCAAACUUUCUCACACGUAUGUCGUCAUAUUCACGCUGCACUCGACCACUUCGUAUUUUCCUCUUUUUAAAGCACUUUAUGUGAUUUCCUUGUAUAAAUGACAACAUAAUGAAUGUACAUUUAAGUGUGCCUCACCCUUUUUUGGACUGUUUUGUCUAUCACCAUAUUUUCCGGACUAUAAGCGGCCACUUUUUUCCCCCCCAACGCUUUGAACCCUGCGGCUUGUAAAACGGCGCGGCUAAUGUAUGUAUUUUUCUUCGAUAACGGCCAUAAUGUUUUGUGUUCAACAAAUAGUUUUCAUAACAGAGACACUGAAAAGGUGUGCUAUUGUUUGUGCUAUGGAGCCAUCUUUUGGACACCCAAACCUUUUGCCUCCAAGGGCCAAAAUGAAAAUGUGCGAAUGGUUCGCAGGGCAAAGAGCGAUGUUUUACCAUGCAACAGCACCAGGAGUGAGGAAUUUAGCCUCAUACCGCCAUUUAUAAAUAAAAAGUAGUAGAUAUUGUCAGGUUCAAUCAAUGGCAACAUUGUUAGCCUGUAAAAAAAAAAAAAAAAAAAAAUCUAUAGAUUUUAGGGUAAAAAAAACUGGCAGCUCAGUCAUCAUAAUUGUACUGUGAAAUUGAUGGAGGGUUUUACACUAAAUUAAAAUGAAAAACCAUUGAUGUUUUUACGUUAAAAUUCUGUUGACUGAAAUGUACGGAGCCCCUAAAGGGACAUGGGGGAAUUAGUUUUUUUUAUAAUUUAUUUUAUUUAUUUAUUUUUUUAGACAUGUAUCUCGUGCGCACGAGAAACUUUAUAAAGUUAUAAAAAAAAAAGCAAUUAUAUAAAAAAAAAAAA